AUGGUUUUCUGGUUUGUGUUUCUCAUGCUUAUUGGUUUGGAGACAACCGCAACAGCACAUUCAAUUGGAGUAUGUUAUGGAAGAGUGGCUAACAAUUUACCACCUGCUGAUGAAGUAAUAGACCUUUUCCAAUCAAGUGGUAUUGGAAGAAUGAGAAUAUAUGAUCCUGAUCAUGCAACUUUACAAGCCCUAAGAGGCUCCAACAUAGAACUUGUUAUCGGGACCCGUAACGAAGACAUUAAAUCGAUCGCCAAGAAUGUUUCCGUCGCUACUGAAUGGAUUCAAAUCAAUAUACUGAAGUACUCUCAAGAUGUCAAAUUCAGAUACAUUGUUGUUGGGAACGAAAUAGAUCCUACUAGCGACGAGAUAUCGAAUUUUGUUCUUCUUGCAAUGCAGAAUAUUUAUACAGCCCUCACAUCUUCAAACCUACAGAAUAAAAUCAAGAUUUCAACCGCGAUACAAUUGAACUUGCUGGGAAGUUCCUAUCCUCCAUCUUCAGGAGCAUUUAGUAAAUCUGCAACUCCGUAUAUAACUCCUAUAGUUAAAUUUCUUGUGGAUACCAAAGCACCACUUCUUGCAAAUGUGUACACUUAUUUUAGCUACAUAAGUGAUCCAACUAGUACCGACAUAUCAUAUGCUUUAUUCACUUCAGAAAGUCUUGAUAUAAGAGAUGGAAGUGUUAAGUAUCAAAAUCUAUUUGAUGCAACAUUAGGGGCAAUUUAUGCGGCACUUAAUAAAGUUGGUGGUGCAAAUUUGGAAGUAGUGGUAUCAGAAAGUGGAUGGCCUUCAGAUGGAGGUGUUGCUGCAACAGUUGAGAAUGCACAAACCUAUUAUGAGAAUUUGAUUAAGCAUGUGUCUAAAGGGAAUCCUGCUAGACCUAAUCAACCAUUAGAGACUUAUUUAUUUGCCAUGUUUGAUGAAAAUCAGAAAGGGCCAGCUGCAACUGAAAGACAUUUUGGUUUGUUUAGUCCUGAUAAAGAAAUUAAGUAUCAAAUUAGUGAAUUACUUAAGUCUGAUAUUGAUCCUUCUACUUCUGGAAGUUCCUCUUUUACCUUUAAAUUAGAUUUAAUCGAAGACGGCGCUUUGUUAGAGAAUGAUUUGUUGUUGGAUAGUGAGGGUAUUAUGGAUAAGAGAAGGGAGGCUACUGCUAGAUUUUGGUUAAAUCUUAGAAUCAAGGAGAACAUGCUUAUUCAAAAAUCGAGGUUGAAAUGGCUGAACAAUGGGGAUACGAAUCGCAGGUUUUUUCACAUUGUCAUGAAGGUUAGAAGGAGACAUAACUUUAUAGGGUCGAUUAAUUCUAAUAGGGGCAUUUUGGAUUCAGUGGCAGAAGUGAAAGAGGAGGUUUUUAAUCACUUUGAAUAUAAGUUUAGAGAAUCAGAUUUGUAUAGACCUAUUUUAGAAGGAAAUUUUGGUGGUAGGCUAUCUCAUUUAGAUCGAUACUUUCAUGGAGGGGCUUUACUUUCGAAAUUUAUCACUUCAUCAUUUUUGUCACUCAUCCCAAAAUUUUCCAGUCCUUUUGGCUUGGAGGAUUACAGGCCUAUUUGUAUUGUUGGAUGUCUUUACAAGGCCUUGUCUAAAUUGCUUGCUUCUAGGUUGAAGGCGGUGUUGGACGCCAUUGUGUCUCCUUGCCAAAGCGCGUUUGUGUCGGAUAGACAACUUCUAGAUGGUAUUUUAGUUGCCAACGAACUUGUGGAUUUCGCGACUAAGGAAAAGAAGGAGUGUUUACUCUUUAAGAUAGAUGUGUUAGUUUUCUCGAGCAAGAUGUUGAUUUUGGUAAACGGUAAUCCUACCAAGGAGUUUUUGGUUGAGAAAGGGUUGAGACAAGGAGAUAUGUUAUCUCCUUUUUUUUUCGUUAUUGUGGCGGAAGCAUUGCCUGUUCUUGUUAAGAGGUCUAUGGAGCUUGGAGAUUUUGUGGGGAUCAACAUUAACAAAAAUUGCGGCAUUGAUAUUCUUAUAUUCACGAAGUAUACUCUUUUGGUGGGCAAUGCUAGUUGGAAGCACAUUUGGGCUGUAAAAUCGGUAUAG